UACAGAGGGAUAGGCCAACAAGUGAUAUAUGUUUCAGUAAGAUUGUAUUUUUAGCAAUUAUAGCAAUGGUUAUCAACUGAACUGCAGGGAUGUAAUGUAAAUCGCAGAAAAUUGAGGUUGUGGUGGCAACUGCAGAGGUUUAUUUUGUUGUGCGCGACUUGACGUCAGAAGAGUUACAGUAUGUUAAGUGGUUGUGUCUCAUCCUUUCAGGCUGUUGGUAGGACCAAAUAUAUUUAAAAAGUGGAGCAGGGUGGUGGUUUAUUUUUAGAUAGUUUAUUAUUAUUAUAUACUUUUUUUUGUGAAGUGUAGGUUUAGAUGGUAGGGUAUUUGUUGAUUUCAAAUUCAAAUCAAAAUCAAAAUGUAUUGGUCACAUACACAUGUUAACAGAUGUUAAUACGAGUGUAGCGAAAUGCUUGUGCUUCUAGUUCCGACCAUGUAGUAAUAUAACAAAACAAUUUCACAACUACCUUAUACACACAAGUGUAAAGGAAUGAAUAAGAAUAUGUACAUCAAAAUAUAUGAAUGAGCGAUGGCCGAACGGCAUAGGCAACAUGCAGGAGAUGGUAUAGAGUACAGUAUAUACAUAUGAGAUGAGUAAUGUAGGGUAUGUAAACAUGGAACGCGAAGCGAGGCAGCCAUCUCUAUCCGCGCCGGAAGUUUUAAGAGGGAUAGGCCAAAACAAAUUCAAACAAAUAAGGUAGUUAUACUCCAGUCUACUAGGUGGCGGUAAUUCAACAUUAAUUGGUUGCCAACCGCCUUUAAACCUCAUCGAAUAAGAUGUUGUGCCCUAUCGUUUAAGUUGCAUUAAGUAGCCUCCAUACCCAUUGGUGGCGCUCUAGGCUAUCCUAUUUGGUAAGUUUUUCAGUUUGUGUCGUUCGUGUAUUUUUCCUUGUUCUCUGGCCACUGCGCGCAUAGACAGAAUGCCGUCGAUUGAAUACGACGAUUCCAAGCCCAGUUGGGCCGAUCAGGUUGAAGAGGAGGGGGACGAAGGUACCCUACCCCCUCCAAAAGAAACCGUCAAAGGAAAUAUCAAAACCAUCACGGAAUACAAGAUCGAUGAGGAUGGAAAGAAGUUCAAGAUUAUUCGCACCUUCAAGAUUGAGACUAGGAAGGCCUCCAAAGCUGUUGCCAGGAGAAAGAACUGGAAGAAGUUUGGCAACUCUGAGUAUGACCCACCAGGUCCCAAUGUUGCUGAUACCACAGUCAGUGAUGAUGUCUUCAUGGUGUUCAUCUCUAGCAAAGAGGACCUGAAUGCCCAAGAUGUGGAAGAGGACCCCAUGAACAAGCUGAAGGGACAGAAGAUAGUGUCCUGUCGAAUCUGUAAAGGAGACCAUUGGACCACCCGCUGCCCCUACAAGGACACUCUGGGUCCCAUGCAGAAGGAGCUGGCCGAGCAGCUGGGCCUGUCCACUGGAGACCCGACGAAGACUGCAGGAGACGAGCCUGAGCCUGCUGCCCCAGCUGCAGGGAGCAAAACUGGGAAGUACGUGCCCCCCAGCCUGAGGGACGGCAGCACACGUCGAGGAGAGUCCAUGCAACCCAAUCGCCGUGGUGCAUCUGAUGACAACGCCACCAUCCGUGUGACCAACCUGUCUGAGGACACACGCGAGACGGAUCUGCAGGAGCUCUUCAGGCCUUUCGGCUCCAUCUCCAGGAUCUACCUGGCAAAGGACAAAAACACAGGCCAGUCCAAGGGCUUUGCCUUCAUCAGUUUCCACCGCAGGGAGGAUGCAGCCAGAGCGAUCGCAGGAGUGUCAGGAUUUGGAUACGAUCAUCUUAUCCUCAAUGUGGAAUGGGCCAAACCAUCAAACAACUGAUGACAUUUCAGGAGGAAUGCUAGAUGUAAGAUGUGGCUCUGAAUAAAGACUUGUCAUUCUGACUGCG